AUGAAAGAAUUAAAUCUUCUAACGGCGACUGAAGUAUCGCAGCAUAACACGCCAGACGAUUGUUGGAUAGUGAUCGCAGGACAAAUAUGGGAUCUCACAGAUUUUGCACCUCAACAUCCGGGUGGCUCUCAAAUAAUAUUCAAGUUUGCCGGUCAAGAUGCAACCCAAAUUUACAAUGAAAUACACCCGCCCCCACUUAUCCAGAAAACCCUCACGAUCUCGAAACUCAAGGGGACUCUACGCCCUUCCUCACAUAACACCCUCCCGGCACCAAGUGCACAAGCUCCAGCCCAGAACAGCGGGGCCAAGAAUGGUUUUCCACCUCUUGCGUCUAUCCUCAGCGCGCAAGAUUUUGAAAAAGCUGCCAAAGCCAAGCUCACUCCCAAAGCAUAUGCAUACUAUUCCUCCGCAGCAACUGAUUUAGUCUCUGUCAAUGCCAACACGAGUUUUUGGAGUCGAAUCUGGUUUCGCCCUCGCUUGUUGCGGAAUGUUACCCAUGUAGAUACCACGUGCAAAAUCCAGGGCGUGACGAGUUCGGUGCCGUUUCUUGUCGCUCCAGCUGCAAUGGCAAAACUGGCCCAUCCACAAGGGGAAUUAGCAAUCGCUAGGGCUUGUAAGCGAAAUGGCGUUAUCCAAUGUGCUUCCAUUAAUGCUUCAUACCCGGUUGAAGACAUCAUCUCAGAAGCCCCAGAUCAUCCAUUUUUCUUCCAAUUGUAUGUGAACAAGAAUAAAGAAUCUUCUGAGCUACUUUUAAAAAGAGUCUGGGAUUUGGGGGUCAGAGUACUGUUCCUGACCGUGGAUGCACCGGUCCCUGGCAAGAGAGAAGCAGACGAAAGAGUCAAGGCCGAGACCUCGAUUAGUACUCCUAUGAGUGGAACUUCAUCCUCAAGUGAUGAAAAAGGCAGUGGACUAACGAGAACCUUGGCUACGUAUAUUGAUAGCGGCUUGAGCUGGGACGAUCUGAUCUGGGCGAGGAAAGCUUGGGCGGGCAAAUUAGUGCUGAAAGGAUUGCAAUCGGUCGAAGAUGUAAAGCUUGCAGCUGAACAUAGAGUAGAUGGUGUAGUAUUAAGUAAUCAUGGUGGAAGGAAUCUUGAUACUUCUCCACCAUCGUUGCUAGUUCUAUUAGAACUUCGAAAACACUUCCCUGUUGCUUUUAGCAAGAUGGAGAUCUACAUUGAUGGUGGGAUUACGAGAGGGACUGAUGUUCUGAAAGCAUAUUGUCUUGGUGCUACAGCCGUUCUGCUUGGAAGACCUUUUCUGUACUCUUUGGCAUACGGUGAAGAGGGUGUGGAACGUCUGAUUGAUAUCCUACGAGACGAGGUGGAGACCGGGAUGCGAUUACUAGGAGUCACGAGUCUUGCCCAACUUCGCCCAGGUUUGAUCAACACUCAGGACAUUGAUCAUCUACUAGCGCAUUCUCUUGAUGAGCCAAAUGAGGUACAGUACUUGAAAUCAAAGAUAUGA